AUGUCUUAUAUGACCUUCAAGCCUGAUACCAGCCACGACAGGAGCGGUGGCCUCUACAUCAACGACCGAGGCUAUGUCGACUUUUCCCCAGAGGACAAGGAGAACCCGCGAAAUUGGUCAAAAAAACGAAGAUGGUGUAUCACAUGUGUCGCCGUCUUCCUUGCCAUGAACGGGAACUUUGCAUCAAGCAUUUUCUCAGGCAGUGUCGAUUCUGUUGUGGAGGAGUUUGGGGUCUCAACUGUUGCUGCAAGUUUGACGACUUCCAUGUUCCUCCUCGGCUUCUGUGCUGGUCCCUUUGUCUUUGCACCUCUGUCUGAGUUUUAUGGUCGCAGGUGGAUCUUCUAUAUCACUUUCAUCGUCUAUAUGGCUUUCAACUUCCUCUGUGCUUUCCCCUCAAACUUCGGAUCGCUCCUCGUUGGAAGAUUUUUAGCUGGGGUUUUUAUCUCCGCUCCACUAAGCACUACUCCUGGAGUUCUAGUCGAUCUCUGGGACCCCAUCGAGCGAGGAAAUGCCACUGGAAUAUUCAGCCUUGCUUCUUGGGUGGGACCUUCUUUGGGACCUAUUGUUUCGGGGUUUGUUCAGUUGAAGAAGGACUGGCGAUGGGGCAUGUAUUCUGUUCUAUGGCUUGGAGGCGCGACGAUUUUCCUCAUGUUUCUCAUUCCCGAGACGCACUCGCCUACUAUUCUGACCCAGAAGUCCAAGCGAGCUCGACAGUCGGGCAUCAAAGAAUACAAACAUGUCGUCACGGAGGGUGAAGCGGAUGCGCCUGGCCUCGCCCACGUCUACAAGCUAGCUCUCACACGACCCUGGAUCCUUAUGUUUGACCUGAUUUCCUUCCUCUGCUCCAUAUACACCUGCAUUGUAUUCACUCUCCAGUUCAUGCUCUUUAGCAUAUACCCUAUUGUUUUCAGAGACAUGAGAGGAUGGAACGCUGGCGUUUCGCAGCUGCCUUUACUUGGUCAGGUUGUUGGAGCCGUACUGGGAACUAUCGUCAUCUUCGUCGAUAGCGAACGAAGACGAAGCAAAGACGCAGCAGGAAAGGUUCUAUUGCCUGAAGACCGACUUCUCAUGGCCAUGUUUGGUGGUGUUGCUUUCCCUAUCACCAUGUUCUGGCUUGCAUGGUCAGCCAAUUACAACACCGUCCCCUGGAUUGUCCCAACUCUUGCCGGCACAUUCCUAUCUGCCGCCCUGAUGCUUGUUUAUGUCGCCAUAAUCAACUACCUUACCGAUACAUACGCCUCAUACGCAGCUUCUGUUAUCGCCGCCAACACUGUUGCUAGAUCUGCUGGUAGCGCCGCUGCUCCCCUCUUCACGACGCAGAUGUUCACUGCUCUUGGUGUUGGCGGGGGAGGUUCUCUUAUUGGAGGAGUCGCGACUUUACUGGCCUUUAUCCCCUUCAUAUUCUUUUGGUAUGGCGCUCGCAUCCGAAAGAAGAGCAAUUACGCUCUUGUUGAGCCUGAUCAAAUGGAUAAGUUGGAUGAGGAGGCUGAUCCUACCGACUAUGGUGUCGACACCGAAGAAACUCAGCAUGUGGGUGAUAUGGAUCAACCUCAGCACAAGCGCUUUGACAGCGCAUGA